GGGAACACUGAUUUAACAAUUGUUGCGCAUAAAAUAUAUGAAUAAUAUAAUAUUAAAUAUAAUUUAAAAAGGGGAGCUGAGCAUAAUGAAGCAAACAAGCAUUUCCGACGAUCUGGCGGUUAAAAGGGCAAGCAUCACCGGCAGCCCGUAAAUCAAAACACCUCACGCACCGCGACAACAACAACAAAAAAAGCUGCCGUUUUCGCUACUCGUUUUCUGUUGUCGCUGAUUACGCCGCGUUAUCUAUUUGGUCUCUGCCGGAAUAAAUAGUUUAAUUUGUUACAAAUAGCCAAUCGAGACGACAGACGCACUGCAACCGCCAAGAUGAGCGCUACUUUCCCCAGUUUCGCGGACAUCUCCGCCAAAUUCUCCGAGUCAACGCUGGACGAGAUCAUACGGAAUGUGGGCGGUACACAUCACACCUCGUACAAGUUCGGGCCGAGUGGCAAGAAGGGCGAUGCCUAUUUGAGCCGUGUCUUUCGCAUAACUAUUUAUGGCGUCAAAGAGGACAACGGGGAGGAGAAGCCUUUGGAGGUCAGUGUGAUUGUGAAGGCCAUGCCGGACAAUCUCCACCGCCGUCGACUGUUCCGAUCGGUGAUAUUCUUUCGCAAUGAGAUCCAUUUCUACACCAAGGUCAUACCGGCCAUUGAAGCCUUCCAGAAGUCACGCAAGCCCCAGGCCAAGCAUCCCUUUGUGGAGUAUCCCAGAUGUGUGGCUUCGCUCUGUGAUGGAGUCAAUGAUUUUAUUGCCCUGGAGGAUGUGGGUCCAAGGGGCUACAGGGCUCCAGUUCGCCAGGACUACAUUUCUCUGGAGGAUGCCCUGCUGACCAUGAAAACCCUGGGCCGUUUCCAUGGUGUGGCCCUUGCCUUCAAUGCCCUCGAUCACGAGAACUUUGAAAAGGCAGCCGCUGCCUUGGAGGAGACCUAUUAUGGCGAACACACCCGGGAGUGGUACACUGGAUUCCUGCUGCUGGCCGAGAAUGUGGCCAAGGAUGCCAUAACGCAAAUCUAUCCGAAUAGCAAGUACGAGACCAUUGGCGGCAAUUUCCUGCAGCCGCCACUCUUCGAUGAUCUGAUCAAUCUGGUGUCCACACGCUCCAAGCUGAGUGUCUUUGGGCACGGCGAUUGCUGGACCCCCAACUUCCUGACCAAAUACGACGAGCAGGGCAAGUCAAAGGAGAUCAUUAUCAUUGAUUUCCAGCUGGCCAGGUGCUCGUCUCUGGCCCUGGACCUGAGCUUCUUUGUCUACUCGUGCACCAGCCAGGAGCUGAGGGAGCAGCACUAUGAUACCCUGCUGCGUGCCUAUUUGGAGAGUGCCCAGGAGCUUAUACGGGAUCUGGGUGGCGAUGCCGAGGCCAUUAUUUCAUGGGAAACACUGCAGGAGGAGCUGAAGAGUUUCGGACGCUUUGGCUGCGGCAUGGGCAUUGAAUCCCUGCCCAUGACCAUGAUGGAGGACGAGGAGGUGGCCGAUUUGGAUGGCAUUCAGGAGAAUGCCAUUCUCACGGACAUUUGGAAUAUUACGCCGUUCAAGGAGACCGCCAAGCAACAGCGUCUGGCUGAUAUCUUCAAGCAUGCCAUCGAUCAGGGCUACAUAAAGUAGGGGAGUCCAAGGAACUCCUGCCUGUGAGCACCUUUUUAACGAUCAAAUCGAAUUCUUCUAGUAUUGCUGAAUUUAUCCACGUAACCGCUACGAUGCAUGUACAAAAUAAAUAGCUUCAACAUUGUUCAAAUAA